CCAUUUCUGUUGUCUAAUUUUUGCCUGAGUGAAAAUCUGCUGCUCCAGUCGUGGAAUAUUUAUUGAGCGCGCAUGAGGAUCGAGGAAGCCAUUCAAAACUGAACAGAAAGCUUCGGAGUAGGCCGUGUAGUCGAAAGGAUCAGACACAUACUGUUGUUUCAGGUUUAUCUUCAGAUCGAAAGAGGUGGGAAUGGACCCGCGGAAAGUGACUGAAUUGAAGGCCUUCGUGCAUCUGUGCAAUGAUAAUCCCUCCGUGUUGCACCUGCCUGAGCUGGGUUUUCUCCGGACCUGGUUGCAGGGCUUGGGAGCUACUAUCCCCCCAGCCCCCAGCAAUGAGUCCUCGUGCAAGGGGGGAUGCCCAUGUGGACCACCACCAACCACGUCAAAGCCAGCAGCUGAGCCAAGCCCACCAUCAGAGAGUGAGGAGAGCGAGCUAGAGAUAGACAACGAAGGAGUUAUUGAGCCAGACACAGAUGCACCCCAGGAAAUGGGAGACUUUGAAAACCUUGAGGUCACAGAGGACAUGAUGGACCAGGCAAAUGCUAAGAAAAUGGAGGCAAUUGAAGUCCUGGGAGAAGGGGAACUGCAAAAAGCUCUGGACCUCUUCACUGAAGCAAUCAAACUCAACCCAUGUUUGGCUAUCCUCUAUGCCAAACGGGCUAGUGUGUAUAUCAAGAUGCAGAAGCCGAAUGCUGCCAUAAGAGACUGUGACCGAGCCAUCGACAUCAACCCAGACUCUGCACAGCCGUACAAGUGGAGAGGAAAGGCCCACAGGUUGCUGGGCCAUUGGGAGGAGGCUGCUAAGGACCUGGCUAUGGCCUGCAAGCUUGACUACGACGAUGAUGCCAGCACCAUGCUGAAAGAAGUCCAGCCCAGGGCUAACAAAAUCAUUGAGCACCGGCGCAAAUACGAGCGCAAGCGCGAGGAGCGCGAGAUCAAGGAGAGGCAGGAGCGGGUGAAGAAAGCCAGAGAGGAGCACGAGAGAGCCCAGAGGGAGCAGGAGGCCAGACAACAGGCAGGUGGGGCUGGUGGCUUCCCAGGAUUCCCAGGUGGUGCCGGUGGCUUCCCAGGUGGUGCCGGUGGCUUCCCAGGUGCUGCCGGUGGCUUCCCAGGUGGUCCCGGUGGCUUCCCAGGUGGCAUCCCUGGUUUGGACAAACUUCUCAGUGACCCGGAGGUGCUCAUGGCCAUGAAGGACCCAGAUGUAAUGGCGGCCUUCCAGGACGUGGCUCAGAACCCCGCUAACAUUGCCAAGUACCAGAGCAAUCCCAAGAUCAUGGCCCUCAUUGCCAAACUGAGCUCCAAGUUCGGUGGAGCACAACCGUAGGGUGGGAGAGGGCAGCAAUGAUGGGGG